AGCAGCAGCAGCAGCAGCAGCAGCAGCAGCAGCAGCAGCAGCAGCAGCAGCAGCAGCAGCAGCAGCAGCAGCAGCAGCAGGAAGGAGCACGCGCAGUGAAUCUCUCGCGUUGCGGCCCCAGCAGCCGCAACAGUGGCAGCAACCGCACCAAAAAGAGCAGCAGCCGCAGCAACAGCAUCAUCGGCAUCAGCAGCAGCAGCAGCAGCAGCAGCAGCAACAUCAGCAGCAGCAGCAUCACCAGCAGCAGCAGCACCACCGCCUCGAUCAUCAGUGCCAUCACCAGCAGCAGCAACAGCAUCACCAGCAGCAGCAACAGCAGCACCACCACCACCACUGUCACCGUCACCAGCAGCAGCAGCAGCACCAUCACCAUCACCAGCAGCAGCAGCAGCAGCAGCAGCAGCAGCAGCAGCAGCAGGAGCAGCAGGGUACCGCUGGCGCAGAGGUAGAACUGGUAAAGGGAGUGUUCGGUGGCUCUGAAGAGAAAGGCUUUGGCGAGUUCUUGAGGAAGGAAAACAGCAGGAUUUGA